AAAAAAGUAUUUUAUUCCACAAUCCUUUUUUACUCUCUUAUAAAUGCCAAACAACCCCUUCAAUCAAAAGUAUCCAAGUAGCUACAAUCCUCUGUGUUUCUUCUUCCUCUCAAUCCAAUUCCUCACCAUGUCUUCUCAGACUGUUGUUCUCAAGGUUGGAAUGUCAUGCCAAGGCUGUGUUGGGGCUGUCAAGAGGGUUUUGGGCAAGAUGGAAGGUGUAGAGUCUUUUGACAUUGAUAUGGAAGAGCAGAAGGUGACAGUGAAGGGGAAUGUGCAACCAGAUGAGGUUCUCCAGACUGUUUCCAAGACUGGAAAGAAAACUUCAUUUUGGGAAUCGGAAGCACCACCGCCACCACAACCAUCAGAAGCACCACCGGCUCAGCCCGAAUCAGCGGCUCCAGCCCAAGCAUUGGAGGAGCCGCCAAAACAGCCUGAACCAGAGCCCCCGGCCCAGCCAUCGGAAGAGCCACCGGCACAGCCAAAACCGGAGCCUUCAACAGCCGUUGCCACUGCUUGAUAUUAUCACCAUCAACAGCAACUUCUUGUUGACAAGUAAAUCUAGGCAUGUGUGUGUUAUCUAUGUGUUUGAAGCAAUUUAUGUAACAUAAUAAAAGCCACUCUUAUGUUCUACAAUUCCUAUGCUUGUUCAGUGUUAAAAUGACAAUAUUUUAGUGUUUUAUAUGCCUCUCCAAAGUCAAUGAAGUCAAAUGGAAAUUCCCAUGAA